CGACCAAAAGUCAUCGCAACCAGUGUCGAGGAGGUAGUUCAGUCUUGCGCUGAAACAGCUGCAGACAUCCUCGGGAUCAUCCUAUAAACAAUGGCCCGUUACGGUUUCACUGGCUUCAUGACUGUGCUCGUCCCAACUCUAGGCGCCGUGUACUACUUUCGUCCUCAGCCGUAUCGGCCGCCGAUGCAUGAGUCUGUCAACGUACGGCAAGGCAAAACAAAGGACUGGAAUGAUGGCAAGCAAGCGACGACAUAGCGAUUUUCGGUCCAGCCUUCUCUGUGAGCAGUCGGAGCACCAGCAUGUAUUUUAAGGUGUAAGCAUGAUAUAUUGAUUGCAGAUAGUCUAUAUGAAGAGUAAGUACAGAAGAAAGCUCGGAAAUUUGGGUAUAAAUGAUUGCGC